AUGGCCUCUCAAGAUAUGCCUCCCCCGGAUUUCGUGAAUCGCAUGGAAAAGAUUCCAGCGCCAUAUCUGAGUGAACAAUAUAGCUACAGCAAAGAUGGACUGUCCUGUGCAAUGAUUUCCUGGAUGCUGGACCUUGAUGUCAGGGCAACAAUCAAGAAACGCGAGUUCCAACGCACAUAUCAGAGACUGUGCCUUUACAUCAAGCAUAUGGAGCGCCUCAUGGAUCAAGCCAACAUCAACUACGACCCCUACACUGGCACGGAAGACGGUCGAAGAAUGAAAAUAGCCAGAGAGUCCUUCAAGCCUCAGUUGAAGGCUAGGUUCAUGCCUACAGCACCGUAUCCAGUCACGGCUCCUAUCAGCACCGAUGGAGAGCUCUGCAGAAGUGUCUCGGAUGCGCAGACAUUUGAAUACAAGCUUCACCAGUUGGAAAUUAUUCGCUAUAUGGAGAGGGUUGAUGGACCGGCAUUGGCUGAUUUCGAGUCGAGUACAAGACAGCCAAGACCCGAGACAGGGUAA